AUGGUUGUGAAGGCGUUGAACUUAGACGAUGAACUAGGAAUUACAGGGUACUCAAGCCGAUGGGUACUCGAAAAGUUGGAGAAGCAUUGUGACGAUUAUGUGAAAGCCAAAGGCGAUAAGAAAGCAGUGCAUGUAAGUUGACACUUGGAAGUUAUUCAUUGUAAAAAAAUGAAGCCGUUCCUCAACGUCUGCGUCUCAGAUAACCGACCUUAUUCAGAGCAAAGUUCGGUAGUAACUUUAACAAGGGCUCUGCAAAAACGCACAUCUUGGUUUUUCCUUGAGACAUACACCAUUUGAAAGAGCGCAGAAAGCUGGUCUAGGAUCGCAUUUUACUAGCUGCUAUUUUUGAUCAACACGCUUGAAGAUCGAAUAUCGAUCUACGCACUCAAAAAUCGGCUAGAAGGCGUUAUUCGAAAAUUGAAAAUUAGAUUUUAUGACACUUUUCUUCUGACAAGGCUAACGGAAUUGAACAAUUACCUUUCAUAUAUCUAAUACUGAUCAAUAAUACCCGACGCUUCAACCUAUGUUAAAAAAAAUAUCUGCCUUUUUCUGACUUUUAGCACCUACAACAGCUCAAAACAUUUUAUGUGUGAUUUUCGUUUUAGAUAGACGCCCAUGAUGUAUCCGACGGAAAAGGUUACAUGUCUAGAGUUUUCAUCACAAAAGUUAAAUUUGAUGACAACACCGACUUCACGUUGGCCAUGAAAAUCCCGACUAGUGAUAUUAUUGAGGAGAAAGUCAUGUCCAUGGAAGGAAUGAAAGACGUAAGAUGGUGAUUUCCGCUACAGCGGUGGACCUGAUCCAGUGGCAAAAAACGUAGGGAAAGGGCACGUUCUUCAAAAAAGGGGUUUUUUAUAGUUAAGGAGGGAGGUAUUUUGCUACAUUUUUGAUACUUCCGGGAUGCAAAAUGCUACGUUUUUUGCCAUUGGAUCAGGUCCGCCACUGUAGCAGUUUCAGCCGCCUAAAACUCCAGACAACUUCUCCAUUUCAGGAUGCGGCCAGAGCUCUCAUCGACAACCUAAUGGAAGCUCAUAACAUCGAAUGCGAUGCAAUUUCCCUCGUUGCCUCGUUCAGCGAUUUCCCAACGCCUAAAGUUUACUACGUCGAAAAAUCUCGACAAGGCAACGUAAGUGGUCUAGAAGGUCGGGAAGCGCCCGGCGUCAUAAUGAUGAACGCGCUGAAUGGCGCUUCAUUGGGCCCCAUUCGAAGUGUCACCAAACAACAAUGUAUAAAUGCUGCACUUGACUUCGCGGCCUUGCAUAAUAAUAUCGCUCAGUUGGAGGAUGAGAAAUGGAAAAACAAGUUUGACAGUACAAUGCAUUGGGAUAAGGGGAUGAUGGGCUCGACCAUAGCGAUGGUGGACUCGUUUGCAAAGACAUAUCCAGGUAAAUUGAAAAUCUGCAAUUGCUUCUUGUAAAAAGAAUAUCAAGUCAGACAAACUAAGCAUAAGAACACUUCCAGAGCUCGCCGAUUUCAAUAAGGUUAUUCAAUCAAUUGACAUCUUCAAAUACACCAAGUACGCGUUGAAAGAUCGCCCAGCGCAGUUGAAUGCGUGGACCUACGUGCAUGGCGACGUUUGGACCAACAAUGUCAUGUUCAAGAAACACGCAGACGGAAGUGCGGGUGACGAGGUGCUGGCCUACAUCGAUUAUCAGAUUGGAUUUGAAGGCAAGUAAUUUAGUCUUUGAGGUCCCAAUUAACUGCAUCAAAUAAUGGCUCAUUACUUUCAGGAAAUCCAAUUUUCGAUAUCUGCAGAUUCCUAACCUUCUGCGCUGACGGAGAUGUUCGUCGAGAAGUUGAGCCAAUUGCCCUCAAGGCCUAUCAUGACAGGCUAACAGAACUCUUCCAUCAACGAGGAGUCCAAGUUCCAUACUCACUAGAAAAUGUAAGUCACGAUAUACGACUUAAAUAACUGCUCUCAGGUCCAAGAACUCUAUGAUCUUGCCUUUGUUCACGAAGCAAUCCAAUCAAUGUUAAUGAUCACGUUCGCCGGCAACGAACAUCUCCCCGAGAAGAUUGUCGAAGCCCAAACGGCGAAGAUUCAUUUGAAGCUCAGGUUUAACUUGCUGGAUGCUGAAAAAAAUUGGAAAAAAUGGAAUUUGGGGGCGAUUUCUGGAAUCAAGGAUUUGUGA